UUUAAGCUUCACAAGAAUUCAUGCAAGGACCCUAAAGAAACUCCUCUGCCAGCUGUUUCCAUAUUGAAACCACUAAUGGGCAUCGAUCCGCAUUUGGAACACAAUCUUGAAUCAUUCUUUACAAUGGAUUACCCAAUGUUUGAAUUAUUGUUUUGCAUAGAAGAUACCGUGGACCCAGCUAUUGAAACGGUACAAAGCUUAAUGUCAAAAUACCCACAAGUAGACGCCUCAUUGUAUAUGGGGGGAUGCAAGGUUGGUGUUAAUCCCAAAAUCAAUAAUAUGCAACCUGGUUAUGCGGCUGCUAAAUACGAUUUAAUCAUGAUAUCUGACAGUGUGAGGAAUGAUACUCUCUUCGACAUGGUAAAUAAUAUGACUGAGAAAUAUGCACUUGUACAUCAAAUGCCCUUUACAUGCGACCGAGAGGGAUUUGCUGCUACUUUUGAAAAGAUUUUUUUCGGCACCGUCCAGUCUCGCAUUUAUUUAUCUGCUGAUUUGUUAGGCAUUAAUUGUCACACAGGAAUGUCUUGUUUGCUACGAAAGUCUGUGAUGGAUGAACUGGGUGGUCUGAAAGCCUUUGGAUGUUACCUGGCUGAAGAUUUCUUUAUAGCUAAAGCAAUUAGAGACAAAGGCUGGAAAAUGAGGAUAAGUAAUCAACCCGCAAUGCAAAAUAGUGGUGUAUGUGAUAUAAGUAGUUUCCAAGAGCGUCUAAUACGAUGGGCGAAACUGCGUGUGGCCAUGGUACCAACAACAAUACUAUUAGAACCUCUCUCUGAGUGUAUGGUAUUAGGUGCCUUGGCGUCAUGGUCUGCUGCGUUACUGUUUAACUGGGACCCGUUGGUCUUUUAUUUAGUACAUGUGCUUACAUGGCUUUUAUCUGAUUGGAUAUUGCUUUCUAUUGUGCAGCAUGGAACCUUGUCGUUUCAUAAAUUUGAAUUUGUCAUCGGCUGGCUCUUUAGGGAAGUAAGUGGUCCUUACCUAUUUCUCCAUGCACUGUGGAAUCCUGCGAUUAGAUGGCGCAAAAGAACAUACAAGUUACAGUGGGGUGGCGUUGCGUACGAAUUGCCAUCUAGUAAUACAAAUCUGAGUACAAAGCGUGUACUUUCCUCAUAGCAUAGGUUAGAAAUGCAGUUGUGUCAGCAUUUCAGUUUCAAAACAUCUAAGAAUUUAAAUGGUGGUAAUAUUACUUCAUCUAACGCUAAGGUCAAUUGCUUAGGAUUACUAGCUAUUUAUACAAUAAGGUGUAUAUUUGUGUAUUAAUUUUGGAAUUUCAAGUAGUUAAAAACUGAACCAUAUGAAAAUAAGUAAAAAAAUGGAGAAUUCCAUGUUAGUUAGCAUAAGCAGACCUUUAGGUCUAAUUUUUUACAAUCUUACAUACUUAUUUAUAAUGCAAACUAAGCAUAUAAUUUUUAACGAUUGCAUCAAUUUUUUGGUUUUCACUAAAUAAUUGAUUAAAAAAAACAACAGUGGCGAAAACGCCGAGAGAAGUGAAAACUUGAAAUAUUAAGUGUGUAUUUUUAGAUGAAGUAUGUUUAAUUUAAUAUAUAAACUACUAGAAGAAAAAUUAUAAUACCAUAUUCAAUUAAUGUGCUACAGGAAAUAUGAUGCACAUUGUUACAAAAAUUACAAACUAUUGCUUAAAACGUAAAUUUCCAAAUAAAUAAAAUGUAAUAUUUAAUUAA